GGUCUCGUCGGCUUCCCUCACAAGAAAAAUCUUUGUUGGACAAGGAAAAGCCUAGGCAGAAAGCAGGACAUUUUUCGGUGGAAGUCGAAAUGAGAAAUUUUCCUCAUUUUUGUGGUCGAGACAAAAUUGUCACUGACAUGUCCCAAUUCUUUUGGAGUAAAGAUCAUGAACAUGCAGAAUUGAUAAACACCAGGGAUUUUCGAUUGAUGUGCAUCUGUGCUCAAGGUGGGGCUGGUAAAUCAUGCUUAGCAGCUUACUAUGCAAGGCUUUACAGAAAGACGUACGAUGGAGGAGUGUUCUUUAUCAGCUCGAGAACGAAUGCAUCCAUACGACAAUCGAUUUACAAAUUUAUCUGUCUUUUAAGCUCGGAGAAAGGCGAAGUCGCAAGUCAAUCAUUGGAAGAAAUGAAGGCGCGCUUCCUAGAUCUCCUUAUUUUACGUGGCGGCAAUGUCUUGUUGAUCUACGACAGCAGUGAUGAUUUGAACGUCGUUCAACACGUAGUUCCCUCGUGCAGCAUAAAAAUUCACGUUAUCAUUACGACAAGAUGCAGAGAUCACACGUUGAUGCAAGAAGGCAAGGUGAUUCAACUACCGGAGUUGGAUGAAGACGCCGCUGUUGACUGUUUUCGCCGUUGGGCUGGAAUAUACAACGAAGACGGCAGUAUGUCAGAAUUUGAUUUGGAUGAAAUCAGAAGUAUAGUGACCGAUGGACAAGUAAAGCUAUUGCCACUGGCCAUUCGACGUGUUGCAACAUUGAUGAAGAAGACAGGGGUUACUUUUAGAAAGAUAAAGGAAACGCUGUCAUUGAAGAAAGAAAUGGUGCGGUAUCUAGAGGAUGACUUCAAUGACAUAUUACAUGGUAAUGGUCUGCUGCAUCUAAAGCAGGAACUGACGAGUUUGGGUGUUUCUCGAAUCGAUCAAAUUUUAACUGCCGACGUCUCCUCAUUGGUCAAAUCGUGUAACUUUUGUACGAGUGAUGAAGAGAAGCUGAGGAAAAUGCAAGACAGACUAAGGGUCGACGAGGAAGCGCCAAUGCAUUGGGAUCUCGAUCUAGCAGAGGUUGCAAGCAGGUCUCAAGUUGCAGACAAAAUUCUUCGUUUUGCUUCUUUGAUGGACACGAGCGCUGUUCCUACUGAUGUUAUUCGUGCAGCUGUAUUUGGUGAUGGAGAGUCAAGUUUUGGAGAACAUGAGUUUGAAAGCUCUUUGUAUUUGUUGUCACACGAGUUUUCUCUGCUCACAUUCAAUGACGAGGAACAGACGUGUGACAUUCAUGCGCUCGUUCAGCGGUCUGUUAUAAGCCACACGAAGAGAAGAAACAAAUUACUAUCUUCUGUCGUUUGUUUGACAAAGUGUAUUCAAGACAUGUUACCAAAGUCCGCUGAAGCCAUAAAACGCAACCUCAAUAACAGCAAGUUGAUUGCAUUGGCUCCACACGUUUACAGCGUUUGCGAUCACAUCUUGAAGUUGAAAUGUAUAAAGCAAGAAUGUCUAAGACUUUUGAAGUUUUCCUGUUGGUUGGCAAAAGAUCUCUACGACAUUACAACAGCCAAGCAUUUAGCAGAGGAGUGGUUGCAAAUUCGUCGUCGAAUCGGCACUCGCACUAAAGUCGAAGCCUUUGAAUUGAGCCAAAGUCUGAUUUCUGUUGGUGAUGCUUACAAUCUAAUGAGUAGACCUGACUCAUCGAAGCCAUAGUUUGAAGAAGCCGUACAAGUAUUGGAAGCAUUUGGCGUCGACGAUUCUCUUCGUAUGUCAUAUGGUGUGGCUCUAAACCGCUUAGGGUGUUGCUACCUGAAAAUGAAGAACUUUGAAGAUGCAGAGAAGCUGUUCAGGAAAGAGAUUGAAUGGACACGAGAAUAUGCCGGUGUAGCAGUUGGUGCAGAUAUUGCUUGUGCGCUACAUAACCUUGCUUUGACAUAUGAAGAAGGGGGGAAAUACGACGAGGCGAUUAAGGCAUACGAGGAGUCGCUCGUGUUGGAAAGGCAACUGGAUGACUGCAAUCUAGUGGACACAUCUCCGACUCUCAUAAAUCUUGGUAACUGCUACAGAGAGAGCGGGAAACUUAAGGAAAGUGUGAGUUUAAUGGAGGAGGCAGUCACAAUCGGACGAUCUUGCUACUCAUCUUCUCAUCCCUCCUUGGCACUAG